AAAAAGGAGGCGUCGAAGUGGCAGUCUGGGAAGUCAAGGGAAAAACAACAUGCACAGGCGGACACCAUAGGCAGUAGCUACAGACAGAACAAUUUAGUUUUAACACUAAAACAGUUACUCUUAGUAAACAAAAUUUGGAGUUUAUCAACGAUGUCUGAGCGCAGGGACAAUCUUUACAGGGCGAAAUUGGCUGACCAGGCAAAACGUUACGCGGACAUGGCCGAGGCCAUGAAGAAGACCGUUAAGAUGGGCGAUGAGCUGACUGUGGAGGAGCGCCACCUGCUCUCGGCGGCAUUCAAGAACCAGAUUGGUAAGCUGCGCUCUUCAUGGCGCGUGGUAAACUCGAUCCAAAAGAAGGAGGAGGCCGCCGGGAACGUGGAGAGCCUGGCGGCUAUCCGUACCUACCGUGAGCAGUUGGAGAACGAGCUCGGUGACGUCUGUAUGAGCGUACUAGACUUGGUCAACACACAUCUGGUGCUUGUAGACACUGACAACGAGAACAAAGUAUUCUACAGCAAGAUGCAGGCUGACUACUCUCGCUACUUGGCCGAGUUCACCACCGGCCCGGAACUCAAGGAGGCGUCAAAGAAGGCGCAGGCCUCCUACAAUAGAGCCUGGCAACUGGCAACGGAUCUGCCUCCCACACACCCCUUGCGCCUGGGUCUGGCCCUGAACUUCUCGGUGUUCCACUACGAGAUCAUGCACUCAAUCGAGCAGGCCAUCGCCUUCGCAAGGUCCGCUUUCGAUAAUGCCCUUGGCGACCUGGAUAAACUGAGCGAAGAAAACUACAAAGACUCGACACUCAUCAUGCAGCUGCUCCGCGACAACCUUACACUAUGGAUUGCCGCCAAGCAAAUAAUGAACAUUGACGGUGAUGGCGCGCCUAAAAACCAGAAUUAGCAGGGACAGCUGGAUAAAUAGGAUAAGUUUUGAUUUAAGUAGACUCUCCCUACACUUCUUUGAAACACUACAGACAAUAAACAAUGUGACAGCCUCAUAUUGCGGAUGCAGGUUGAAGGUCAUGACGAUUAAGGGAAAAGAAUCACAAAG